AUGGAAUGCUUCAAUUCAUCAUGUGUAAGUGCAACGACGGGUGUAGCCCCAACCAUCUUUGCAUCAGCGGUUCAGUUUUUAGCGGCAUUACAAUGUGGCGUUACACGGUCAAUACCAGAUGCUGAUGUAACAAAUGGAGAAAGUUUCCACUUUAUAAUCGUGGGAGCUGGAACUGCUGGCAGUGUAUUAGCAAACAGAUUGAGUGCGGUACCAGAUUGGAAUGUUUUACUGAUCGAGGCUGGAGGUGAUGCUCCAAUAGAAUCCGAUGUUCCAGCGCUAUCCACCAGUCUGUAUCAUUCGGGUUGCGAUUGGGAUUAUAUGACACUUCCAAAUGGAAGGACACACGGCGCUACUAGAGACGGUUGUAUAGACUGGGCACGUGGGAAAAUGAUGGGCGGAAGUAGCAGCAUAAAUGCCAUGAUCUACGUACAAGGUAAUGAUCAAGACUAUCAAAAUUGGGUUGACCUUGGUAAUCCUGAAUGGAGUGUCGAAGAAGUUCGUCGGUGUUUUAAGAAAGCAGAAAGUUUACAAGACAUGAGCAUGUUGAAUAAUCCUUAUAUUAGCGAACAUUAUGGACAUGACGGACCAUUAAUUAUAAACUCAUUCAACUAUACAUACCCACAUAUUAGAGAGAAAGUCUUAGCUGCUUGGGAUGAGAUAGGUAUUAAGAAUGUACCAGAUUACAAUGUCGCAAACGCGUUAGGAUCUGGUCGCUUGAGGGGUACAGCAGCUUCUGGAGAAAGACAGAGCUUCAGUAAGGCUUAUUUAGGUCCAAUACUUGAUAGAAAUAAUUUAAAAAUUAUAAAGAAUGCGCUAGUGACAAAAUUGCUAUUCGAGGAUGAUUCUAAAACUGUUCGUGGCGUUGAAGUAGAACGUGAAUCACAAAAAUUUGAAUUUUAUGCUACAAAUGAAGUUAUUGUAAGUGCAGGAGCCAUAAACUCUCCACAGCUUUUAAUGUUGUCUGGAAUUGGACCAAAAGAACAUCUUCUUUCUAAGGAAAUACCAGUUGUAGUUGAUUCUCCAAUGGUUGGACAAAAUUUACAAGAUCACAUUUUUCUUCCUGUUUUUAUAUUUUGUGAUGAAACUGGAGAGCAAAGUGCAGCUGAUCAUCAAUUUGACGCCAUUCGGUAUCUUUACAACCGUACGGGGUAUUUGUCACACAAUUUUGUCAUCGAUACCGUAGCAUUUUACUCUGAAACCUCAGAUGUAACUUAUCCGCAGUUUCAAAGUCACGCUGCAAUAUUAUGGAAAAAUAGUAGGGACAUGGAAGAAAUGUUACGAACAUGGUUUAAAUACAAAGACCACGUGACAAAACCAUUGAUUGAACUUAACAAAAAACAUUCAGCUUACAUGUUCCCAUUUCACACACUCCAUCCUAAAUCAAAAGGGAGUAUUUAUUUGAAUACAUCAAAUCCACAUGAUUAUCCAAUUAUUGAUCCGAAAUAUUUCAGUGAUCCCAGUGAUUUAGAAUCUGCAGCAAUUGGAAUCAAAAUGCUGACCAAGCUAGUGAAUACUACAGAAUUUAGAGCAAUAAAUGCCUUUUUAGGGAGAAUGGAAUGGCCGCCGUGUGAUGUUUAUGAAUUAGACAGUAUAGAUUAUUGGAAGUGUGUUUGUUUAGAGAUGGCUUUUACUGUUUAUCAUCCGAUAGGAACAUGCCAAAUGGGACCAGACCCUGAGACGUCAGUAGUAAGUAGUCGAUUGAAAGUCCAUGGAGUCGAAAAUCUUCGUGUGAUAGAUGCUAGUGUAAUGCCAACUCAAAUAAGUGGAAAUACUAACGGACCAACUGGAAUAGUGGGAGAAAGAGGUGCAGAGCUGAUAUUGGAAGAUUACAAUAAACUUUGA